AUGGCGGAUGCAAAGUUACAAGCAAAUGUGUUUAACGAUUAUGAUUAUAUGAAAGACGAUUCCAUCGAUCCUGAGUUGAAAUGCCCACUUUGCAUGCUGCCAUUUCAAUCACCUGUUGCGAGUGCAACAUGUGGUCACACAUUUUGUCAAGUAUGUAUUAGCCAAUGGAUGACUCGUCAAGCAACAUGUCCGACUUGUCGCACCAUGACUUCAGCAAAAGAGUUUCGGCCAAUUUCAACUCGCAUUGUCUUGAAUCAACUUGAGCGACUUCUCGUACGAUGCAAACGAUGCAAUCAAGCGAAUAUUCAACGGGGUGACAUCCACGCACAUGAAAAGCAAUGUCCCAACCAAACAGUUUCAUGUCCCGCAUUCGAUAUCAAAUGUAAAUGGAAGGGUGCACGUAGUGCGUUGACACAACACAUUCAAGAGUGUCCAUUUCAAAAGAUUCGUCCAGCCAUCGACGAUAUUUACGAGCAUUUAAAAAAUAUUUAUGAACCAUUAGUGGACGAACUACAAACAGUUCGACAACAGUUAGAAAAACAAAUGCAACGUACUAAAGACCAAAAUCAUUUCUUGCUUGCAGUGUUCAACAAGGGGAAGCCGAUGACUAAUCAAUGUUCCGGGCAAACGAAGAAUUGUCAGUUACAGUCAAGCAUUCGAAAGAACUCGCGGAGUCAAAUAAUGCAAAUGCAGAAUAAUCUUUUCCAAGAGCAAUUAAACUUUCAGCAAGUUAACCAACCAUUUAGUAGGCUAGUAGAUCAAUCCGCAAAAACUAUUUCACCGGAAAACAAAUUUAGUUGCACGAAUUGCCAAUGUGGUGUGAAUCCUCAAGAUAUAGUACUUCAUCACUGCGAAGGCGGUGGUAUCUGCCGUUCAUGUCUCGAAACAUAUGGAAGUUUAGAGUCACAUGAAAAAAUCUUCGCCGAAAAACCUUAA